AUGGCGACGCCUACAUCAAGUAGCCUGUCCACCUCAGCCUCUCAAAAGGGGUACAAGUGCACCCUACCCUCAGAAAGGGUAUUUUCCAUCCAGAUCGGAACGGAACUCUUUCGUCUUUCAGGAGCCUCGAUUGCAUCCGAUGCCCCGUCGUAUUUCUCCCAGUUCUUCGAGGAGCAGCUUCGCCAGAACGGAGACGGAGCGAACAUUCGCACGCUAUAUAUAGACCGAGAUCCAGCCACCUUCCGGGAAAUCGCAAGGCAUUUACAAGGGUAUCACAUACGGCCCAGAGAUGGCUCCGAGUUUGUGAAGUUGUUCGCAGAUGCCCAAUUCUACAGCUUACCUCGGUUGAAUUCUCAGCUGUUUGAAUCCGCAAUCACCAUAGAGAUCGGCGGUCGCGAUUUCCAAAUACCCCGCGACAUCUUUUCGGGACCGGGCGAUUCCCCGAAUUUUUUUUCCUUGGGCUUUGGUGCUUUCUUCGCUUCACCGUCCCAGACCUUCCCCGGACUCGACCGCGUUGGGCUUCUACGCCCUCCCGCUAUCGUAGCCCCCAGCAUCCCCAACCGAUCAGGCGAUGUCUUUGCAGAACUCCUCCAUCUCUUGCGAGGAUAUCCGUUACAGAUUAAGAACGAGACUCAUCGAGAGGAACUUCUCCGUGACUGCCGUUACUUCCACCUCCGUGGAUUAGAACAGAAGUUAAUCCCUCAUCAUAUUAGCUACAAUCCCGUCCGGCAAAGGUCUGAGAUUGUCAUUCGUUUAGAGGAUGUCCGUCGAUCCGGAGUCAGUUUCGCACCCGAUGAAAAUCAUUCACCAUCCACUGGCUGGGUGUUGUAUUCGCGCCCAUUCGUUGAUGAAGAGCCCCUAGACUUGAUUGUGGAAAUUGGAGAUGAAUGCAGCAUUGUUGAUCUUGUGCGCAUGCGCGUAGAGUUCCUGCACCUUACCAAGACCCGUUUCUCAUGUCUACACCAAGUGAUUACCAACAAAGUCACGAACACCCAAUCACCAAGCGGAACUCCUCCAGCCCAUGAGGGUGCUGCUAUUCGUAUCGAGCGCGAUACAGAUUUGACCGUUGAUGGCCAGUCAACUUUAUAUGACGCCAUAUUUAGUGCAGGUACUGAGCAUACAGAGGGCGUCACAGAAUCAUCUCGCCCCGUUAAACGGAGGCGAAUCGACGGAUCAUCAAGUGGAAGCGCUAAAUGGAUUGUACGAAAUGGGCAAUGGCGUAUGCGCGCCGAGCCCUCUGCUACGGGCGGAGGGGUGGAUAUUAUAUUGGUUGCAGUCAAAUUGGACGUGUAUAGUGAGCAGAGGAUGCGGAAUGAGGCUAGAGCGUUCCUAUCCUCAUAA